AUGGUUUCAUCGGCGCUUUCUUUCCUCCUUGGGUCAUUGGCCAUUGGCGCCGUGACAGCGAAGCCUGUGUCUACUACUACUACUGUGUCUUCUUGCGUCCCCGUUCCCACAACAGUUGCACCCGGAGAUCCCACUGUCACCUUCAUCACUCAGCCAGAGGAACGCGAUGACGAUAAAAAGCCCAGCACCUCCCUCCACAUCGACUUCGAAGACAACAGCCUCGACCACUGGACCAUCAAUUCCGACAAAUCCUUCUCCUACAACAUCGAACACCUGCAGACUCCCUACGGAGACUCACAUGUGUUCAAGAUCAUCGAGCCUACCGCAGAGGGCUACGCCUUUAUCGACUACAAGGAGGUCUUGAAGCUCGAAAAGAGCACACGCGGCUACAAGGUUGCCUUUACCGCCAGGUGCAGCUGGAUCGAUAAGGACGGCGUCACAGAUUGGUCACCUAUCGAGGUCAUCCUCAAGCACAGCGGUAGCAGAGUCUUCGAGACAAGGCCUUCCAACGGCAAGGACCUGGGCAAUGGCUGGGCUCGGUUUGAGGAGGAGCUUCAGAAUGAGGACGUCACUGGUGAUACCAAGUUGAGAAUCAGGGUCAAGUCUACGGGUUGGUCCUUGCAAUGGUACUUUGACGACAUCGUGGUCGAGAAGAUCGAGUAG